AUGGAGCAACAAGACGAACCACAGGUUGCUGAAAAUCCAUCGACAGCCCACGACCGGUUUCGCCCUUCUUGGGGCGAGGUGAUUAGGAAGGUAAGAUUCCUGAAAGUAACCCCAGAACGCCCGAAACCUACUGAGACCCUAAAACUCCACCAAAAUCUCACUAGGAAAUCCGGUAAGCAUCCAAGCUCGUCAAUCAUUCAACCAAUUUAG